UUCGUCAUCGCUCAGCGACGCCGGGGACGGCGCUGGCGGCGGGGCCCGGCCCGGCCCGGUGUCAUGGCGGCGGCGGCGGCGGCAGCGCCCAGCCCGCUCCAGCCCGGCGACUGCGCUCCGGGGGCAGGCGCCGAGCUGGCGGCCUCGGAGGUGGCGAGCAGCGCCCUGCGCUCCGUGGUGGGGCUGGCGGGGCAGCUUAACCUUGGAGAUGAUAUCGUGAAAGUUGUAAUCGACUGGAGCAAGCUUCAAAGCACAUCAGCACUUCAGCCAACAUUGCUCUUUAGUGCGCUUCAGCAGCAUAUUUUAUGUUUGCAGCCUCUUUUAGAAAAACUCCAGCCAUUGAUUAAAGAGGAAGGUAUAGGUCAUGUUGAAACUGCAGGUAAAACAGAAGGCCAAACUUGUGAAACUAAUUUAAACAUUUAUGAUGAUAACUCUCAGACUGAAGAAAAGUAUGCAAGUUAUGACCUGGGAGAUCUGAAGGAUGCUCAUAUUAAUUUUGAUCCAGAGGUGGUCCAAAUAAAAGCUGGAAAAGCAGAAAUUGACAGGCGGAUAUCAGCCUUCAUCGAGAGGAAACAAGCUGAGAUCAAUGAAAAUAAUGUCAGGGAAUUUUGCAAUGUUAUUGAUUGUAAUCAAGAAAAUAGCUGUGCCAGAACAGAUGCAAUUUUCACACCUUAUCCUGGAUUUAAAAGCCAUAUAAAGGUUUCUAGGGUAGUAAAUACAUAUGGGCCUCAGACUAGAUUUGAAGGAGCACAUGGGUCCAGUCAUAAAGCCAGUGUACCCAUUCAUGAUUGUGGAAACCAAGCUGUUGAGGAGAGAUUGCAAAAUAUUGAAGCACACUUACGGUUACAAACAGGUGGUCCUGUACCAAAAGAUAUUUAUCAGAGAAUUAAGAAGCUUGAAGAUAAAAUCCUUGAGCUGGAAGGACUAUCUCCUGAAUAUUUUCAAUCUGUAAGCUGUUCUGGCAAGAGGAGAAAGGUUCAACCUCCGCAUCAGAACUAUUCGUUGGCUGAACUUGAUGAAAAGAUCAAUGCUAUAAAACAGGCAUUACUGAGGAAAACGAAGGAAAGCAAGUGCAAGGAGGCUGAGCGGCUUCUUCGAUAAUUCAGAAAAAGUCUUUUCAGAAUCUUCAUCAUGCUUCACACAAACCCAAACCAUAGGACCUGAGUAGUGUUCAUCAAAGACUUUAGCAAUGAAAACAAAGCAUGCAUAUAUAAGCUCAUUUUGGAUGAUUUUGAAAGCUUGCUUUCAGAAGAACUCAUUUAAAAACAAUCUUAUGAAUGAAACAGUUACUUUAAAAUGAAGAAUGUUUUAGGAAUAGCAUUCUAAUAUUCUGUUCCCUUCUGUUAUAAAGGAGGAUUGCAGUAUUGUUCUUAUGUGGAAAGUCUUAACCUCCAUACAAAAGCUACACUUCACAUGUAAUUCUUGGUGAUUGAGUAUUCAAAAGGGCUGUCUUUUGAAUAUUUUUCAUGUAAGUAGUUUGCAGAGACUUGUGAAAUAAAAUGAAAUGCUUCCUCAUAAGUAAACUGUCUUAGUCGGGAAAAAAGGUAUUACAAAAUUUGCAGUAUGCAUAUUUACCUGCAUUUUUGCCAUAUUUGUCACUGUUUUCACAGCUGUUAGAAAAGCAGCAAAUUGCAUUUUUGGCAUAUUUAAAAUGGAAAGAUGGUUACAGAAAUCCUGCCUGUGUAAAUAGAGACAGACAACUGUUUUUUCAAUCCCUCAUUGCCCUUUAAGAAUUAAACCUUUGUACCCUGCUAACAACCUAACUUUGUUAUAAACACUGUUCAAGAGGAGGUUCUGAGGAGCUGCUAGAAGGCACCAGCUUCCUUUCCUUCCAUAAGCAUGUUUGUAUCACUGAAGAAUCAUGGAUGCUAGGUGUAUAGUUUAUAUUAAAAAUCAGACCUUUGACCACA